AUGGCACAAUCAUUCGAGCACAUCCCUUACUUUCCAAAUCUCAACGAGCACGAAACUCAGUUAUUCGACCGUUCACAGGGAAGGCUCAUAGAGAGAAUCCUUCCGCAUGGGUUUCCUCAGAGACUGACCUCAGAUAUGGCUUGGGAAGGGGAUAAUAUCUCUAUGGAUCACACUGCAGGUGGUGAGACUCCGUACCUGCUAAUUCUACAAGAUCCGCAGCUGCUUGAGAUCGAUGCAGCGCUCAGACACUUUCAAACAGAAAUGAAUCGGCCAAUGGAGACUCUGAACUCGUCAACAUUCCCUCUGCCAUGUUUGCAUUCAAUCCUCAGAUCUGCGUCAGACAAUCUGCAUUCAGGGUAUGGUUUCAUUCUUAUUCGAGGAGUUCCAGUGGAACGCUAUUCUCGCAAAGAGAACAUGAUAAUUUAUGUCGGCAUUUCUUCCCACAUCGCCGCUAUCCGCGGUCGGCAAGACCAUCAGUUUGAGGGGCAGCCAGCGGACGUGAUGUUGGCCCACAUAACCGACAUGCGACGUCCGGGGAGCAUGCAAAACUUUGCGCUAGCAGCGUAUUCAGACGGUGAAGUGGUAUAUCACACAGAUGUGGGGGAUAUUGUAUCCCUCUUCGUUCUAAGCGAGCCCUUAAAUGGCGGUGAAAGUCUGCUCGCGAGCGCAUGGACAUUGUACAAUGCUCUGGCGGAGACCCGCCCCGAUCUGAUCCGCGUAUUAGCGGAGGACUGGCCAAUACCUAGCGCACGGCAGCCCGAUCUGGUCACUCACCGACCGCUGCUGUUCUACCAACCAGCUUGCGAUAAAGCCCCGGAACGAGUGAUCUUGCAGUUCUCUCGACGCUCAUUCUCUGGAUAUGGUGCUCACUCCCAGACGAAUAUGCUAACUCCUAUUCAGGUAGAGGCACUUGAUGCUCUCCACUUUCUUGCAGAAAAGUUUCAUGUUGCCAUGAAGCUGGAGAAAGGCGAUAUGCAAUUCAUCAAUAACCUAAGUAUGGUACAUGCUCGAAACAGCUAUGUCGACGAUUCAGAAAAUCGUCGUCACCUGGUACGCUUGUGGCUUCGUGAUCCCCAAAACUCAUGGGCCACACCGCCGUCACUGCGCGCUCGCUCCGAUCGUAUUUUUGACGAAGGCUUUCAGAAAGGUCCACAGGUAUUUCCUAUGGACCCGGUCCCUAGAUCGGUGGGGAAGGUCAGAGAAGAUUGA